AUGCGUGCAAGUCUCAUUGAUAUUCAUCGAAAUGCAACAUGGUCAAAGAAUGAUAUCACUGUUGCUGGAGGAAAUGAAAAAGGCAGCGAAACCAAUCAACUCUCUCUCCCAUGGGGUUUGUACGUCGACGAUGAUCAAACGAUUUAUGUCGCUGAUUGUGAAAAUCACCGUAUUGUGGAAUGGAAAUCUGGUGCAACGAAUGGAAAAGUAGUUGCUGGUGGAAAAUGGAUCAGCGAUUGGGGGAAUAACAGAGUAGUUCGAUGGCCUCGUCGAAAUGGUACUCGUGGAGAAACAAUUAUUUCAAAUAUCACUUGCCUCGGUUUGACAAUGGACGACAAUGGUUCUCUCUAUGUCGUUGACGUUGGAAAACAUGAGGUGAGACGAUAUAAAAUUGAUGAUACUCAAGGAACAGUGGUUGCAGGUGGUAAUGGACAAGGAAAUCGUCUCGAUCAACUCUCUCAACCCCGCUACGUCUUUGUCGAUCGAGAUCAUUCAGUUUAUGUGUCUGAUAAUAGAAAUCAUCGUGUCAUGAAAUGGGAAGAAGGUGCAACACAAGGCAUUGUCGUAGCCGGUGGCCAUGGACAAGGAAGUAGUCUUACACAAAUGCAUGAUCCUAAUGGAAUCGUUGUCGAUCAAUUGGAUACUGUCUAUGUGGCUGAUUCGUUGAAUCAUCGAAUCAUGCGUUGGUCAAAAGGAGCCACACAAGGAAGUGUCAUUAUUGGUGGAAACAGUUAUGGAGCACAGUCGAAUCAAUUCGCUUAUCCCAUAGGUAUAUCAUUCGAUCCACAUGGCAAUCUCUAUGUCGUCGAAAACGGAAAAACUCGAGUACAAAAAUUUAAUAUAGGAUGAACUCAAUGUGUAUGAUUAAUUAUUUUUAUCGCUCUUCUUUUCUCUUUCAAAUAAAUCUUGAUUGAACAGAAAAAUGCAUUCAAAUUUACUGUGUUCUCGAACGCGCGCGCGCGACCAGGAACCACCCUGGUGGAGCUAUGGCGAGCGUAAUGCUCAUGCACACGCGGGAAGACCCACAUCAUCCACAUGCACCCAUUCGAUGUCAUAUGUCAGUGAGUCUGGGGGCCCGAUCGUGUUGCCAUGGACAUCAAAGCAGUUCCUGGCCGGGCCUUUGGGGACUACCCGGAAGUCCUUUUAAUAAGGCGAGCCUAACCUCAGCGUACCCCCUCCCACUCCAACACUCAUUUAACUAACUCUCAUCUCAUAAAAAAAAGAAAAAAACUCACCCGUUGAUGUUGAAUGAUGAUGUCUCUAAAAGAAAAACAAAAAAAUAUUAAAUGAUAAAAAAAAAAGAUAAAUUACCCUCUAUUAUCUUUUUCUUCAUUGAUUAACGCCUAAAAUUUAAAGAAAAUACAUAAAAAGGAUCAUAGGGGCGUGGGUGUGGGUGUGGGGUGCGGGGUGUGGAUGUGGAUGUGGGGUGCGGGGUGCGGGGUGUGGGUGUGGAUGUGGGGUGUGGUGUGGGUGUGGGUGUGGAUGUGGGGUGCGGGGUGUGGGUGUGGGUGUGGGGUGUGGUGUGGGUUUAUUUCUUAUUUCAUUUCUCACAUACCCACACCCACACACCCAUACCCACACCCACACCCACACCCACACCCAUACCCACACCCACACCCACACCCACACCUACACCCACACCCAUACGAUCCUCCCUUCACCCAAGGGGAUUACAACAACGUCAUUCUCGUUGGAAUGAAUUAUGAAUCAUCGCAUCAAUAACGUUCUUUGCAGCUCAAGUAUGAAUAAUAGAGCUCGUUAGCGACAUUGUUAUUGAGUUUCUCAGACGUGUCAAAAGCGUAGAGGAUCUACAGGGUGGCCCAUAAUUAACGUAACCGAGAAAAAAAUUCAAUAUCUCCAUUACGGCUCAAGCAAACGAGUUGAUUUUUUUGUCAAUGAUAGAGGCAUGUUCAAGCUUCAUAUCCAUAAAGACAAGCCUAGAGAGAUCCUUCGUUAAGUAUCACCAGUGAUCUCGAGAAAAAAAAAUUUCCUUUUUCGCAAAUAGAAAAAAACCAGUAUACGGAGUGGCGCAAAAGUCACUUCAUCGAAAAAAAAUUGAAUAUCUCCACUACGACUCGAGCAAACGAGCUGAUUUUUUUUACCAAUGAUAGAGGCAUGUUCAACCUUUAUAUUCAUAAAGACAUGCUUAGAGAGACUGUUUGUUAAGCAUAUUGUUUUUUUUCCUAUUUGCGAAAAAGGAAAAUUUUUUUUCUCGAGAUCACUGGUGAUACUUAACGAAGGAUCUCUCUAGGCUUGUCUUUAUGGAUAUGAAGCUUGAACAUGCCUCUAUCAUUGACAAAAAAAUCAACUCGUUUGCUUGAGCCGUAAUGGAGAUAUUGAAUUUUUUUUUCUCAGUUGCGUUAAUUAUGGGCCACCCUGUAUAUGAUCGAUUGUAUGAAGAAUUUAUGAUAAUCAAUUUUCCCAAUUUGUAUAUAGUAAUGUGACAAUAUUUUCAACGUGUAUAAGCCAAACAAUUUGAUAUUUAGAGCGUAGAUACUAUUCAGGCAGACAAAAGAAGUAGAAAAAUGAGCGUUUUUCUCUCACAAUUGCGGUCUCGAUUAUGAGAGAAAGUUCACUUUCUCUGCUCUUUGUGCAUUUAAACUGGUUUUCGACAAUAUGUGACUACUUGGAAGACAAUAAUACAUAUCAAUUAAAUAUCAUGAGAAACUUCAAACACAUCACAGGACACUGGGAAUGCAACAAUUCAUCACUAAUUCUCCCGUGAAUAUUCAUGGAUUAUUACUCAAGCAGCCACAUAUUGCCGAAAACCUGUUUAAAUGCACAAAGAGCAGAGAAAGUUAGCUCUUUCUCAUAAUCGUAGUUUCUGAUGGUGACAG